GCUUCUAUAAAACAGCAGCCUUCAGCAGAGCAGGGACACAUUUGAUGAUCAACCAGGAACCAUGAAGACUCUCCACCUGAGCAUUCUACUGAGCCUGGCGCUCACAGGUUACUGUGCACCAUUAUUCGAGGAAGAGGACCAAGACGAGAGCUUGGCAGAGAACUACUUGAAAAGGUUUUACAACCUGACCGAGGAAACUGGAGCGGUCUUCAGAACAGGGCUGAGCCUGAAGGAGCAGAAACUGGCUGAGAUGCAGAGGUUCUUUCAUCUCCAGGUCACCAGAACACUGGACUCUGACACCAUCGCCAUGAUGAAGAAACCUCGCUGUGGUGUUCCAGACAUACAACCUAGCGGUUACAGCAUAACUGGUCACGCCUUUAAGUGGAGGACGAACAGCCUCACCUACAGGAUCGAGAACUACACACCUGACAUGUCCACGUCUGAGGUGGACGACUCCAUAGAAAGAGCGCUGCAGGUUUGGGCCAAGGUCACUCCACUGAGGUUCACACGGCUCUACAGUGGCACCGCUGACAUCAUGAUCUCUUUUGGACGAAGAUAUCAUGGAGACCUAUCCCCCUUUGAUGGUCCUGAUGGUCAACUGGCUCAUGCCUACCCUCCUGGUCCCAACAUGGGAGGAGACGCUCAUUUUGAUGAGGAUGAGACCUUCACUUUCCACUCUAAUGCAGGUUAUGUCCUGUUCAUUGUAGCCGCCCAUGAGUUUGGUCACUCUCUGGGCUUGUCUCACUCUGAGGACCCUGGCGCUCUGAUGUACCCAACAUACACAUACAUAAACCCCGAUGCCUUCACUCUGCCCCGUGAUGACGUCGAUGGCAUCCAGUCUCUGUAUGGCCCCAACCCUGAUGAGACGCCAGGACCUAAGCCGGUUGGUCCUGUCACUCCUAAUGCCUGCGACCCAAACCUGGUUUUGGAUGCUGUUGCCUCUCUGAGAGGAGAGAUGCUUUUCUUCAAGGGCAGGUUCAUGUGGCGUAACUUCCCUCAAAGCUACAAACCUCAGCAGACUCUGAUCCAAACCUUCUGGCAGGAUGCCCCUGAAGACAUUGAUGCUGCAUAUGAAAACCAACAAUCUGAUCUGCUCAUGUUGUUUAAAGGUCACAGAGUGUGGGCUUACAGUGCUUACGACCUAGCAAGAGGCUUCCCUAAGUCCAUCUCCAGUUUUGGUUUUCCUGAAACCGUAAAGAAAGUUGACGGCGCUAUGUACGACGAAGCAUCCCAGAAAACUUUGUUCUUUGUUGGCGACAUGUACUAUAGAUACGAUGAAACAAAAAAGACCAUGGAUAAAGGGUUCCCUAAGCGAGUCAGUGAAACCUUCACUGGACUGUCCGGCACAGUGACUGCAGCUCAUCAACACAGUAGUUUCACCUACAUCUACACUGGAAACCGCAUGCAUGAGUAUGACCUGGAGUCUGGGACCAUGUUCCGUGUGCUCGGAAACAACUACUUCCUGCCCUGCACCUCCAACUAGAAGCUGUUUGUUUUUUAUCCAGCCUAAUGUAGCUUUGAUGAAUCGUCAAAAUGAACAACGUGACAGGUGACAGUAUAACAUUUACAGUAUUAUGAACCUGCAGAAAUAGAAUAGGCCAAACACCAAAGCACCUUAUAAUUUAAUCUUUAAUAAAAUCUAAAUAUUGUUUUAUUUUGUCUUUAAUUUUAUUUUUGUCAUUUUGUCUUGUGCUACGUUACAUGAUUUCAACAUAGAUUUAUUUAAAUUGAGAUUGAGUUAAAACAAUCCUGCUGUGUACGUUUUUUUUUUUGUUUGUUUUUACUUGACAAAGAUGAAGUCGACUCUUUGUACAAAUAUGAAACAUGAAUGAGCAAAUAAAAAAACUUUUUUUAAGCCUGAA